AUGCAUCGGCCCCAGCAUCCACGAGACUCGCUAGCGAGGCCACCUGCUGAUGCUGCUACUGCUGCUAUUACUGCUGCUGCUGCUGCUGCUACUGCUACUACAGCUACUACUACAGCUACUACUACAGCUACUGCUGCUGCUGCUGCUCCCCCAACACAUCAUAAUGACCUCCCCGAUGCCGUCUGCUUGUCCCAGAUCACUCACCUUCUGCGCCUGCAGAAAUACCAUAAGCGAUGCUGCGCAUCUGCCCAGGACCAUUUGCAAAAACUGCACAUAGCCGCGGCCAAAGCUGCGCGACUGCGUCUAACUGCUCGUUCCGUGCAGCACACGCUGGCAGAGUGCAUCCGCUCCGAGGACAAAUCCAGCUUUGCCGUAUUAUUACAUGCCUUCCAGGACGCCCGUGAGGAUGCCUCCAAAAUUCCCUCCCCAGCCGUGCAGGAUGUGGACUCACGUGGCCCGCCCGCUGCUGCCUCUUCCUCUUCCUCUCCCUCUACAUCUCCCUCGUCCACCCAUCAUCCUGCGACCUCAUUCCUGGAUGAGCUUGCCGCUCCUGCCAGGCUGACGGUAUUGGAUGUGCUGACCAAGCUCCGAUAUGAUGGCCACUUUAUCGCCGAACGUGUCUUGUCGCUCACAUCACGGGAGCUGAAUGCCUUGCUCCCGGAACGCAUCAUGACCAAGUCCAGCGAGUCCAUCUUCGCUGCUCCCUCGCGGAAUUCCCGCAGCUCCCGCCCCUUGGGAUUCACCGUGGAUACCGUAGUGGAUGUGCUGACCGGACACUCCUAUGGCAGUCCACUGGAGGCAUUGGUGUAUGCACCGAGCGCAUGCCUCCUGACGGAUGACUCUGAGCGCCGGCGCACCACCGACGUCUGGGCUACCGUCUGCGCUCGACUAAUAUCCGAGCAGAAAUCCGGGAGUGAGAAGCUCAUCCCAGCACUGCUGGACAUUUGGUCGACUCUCCUUCCAUGGCCAGGAAAGGACCGGAUUGAGAUUUGGAUGCUCGACACCUUACAGCGCGGCGCCUUUCUCCUUCUUGAUCAGCCUACCAAGCAGACCUUUCGUGCUCGUGUCGAAUCCCGGUCCGGUGUCUCCCUCCGGGAUGAAGCGCAGGUGGAGGCCUUCUACGCCGGCGCUACGGAGUCGUUGCUGGAGCUCUUUGGUGAUCGGACUGCCCCCAGUGCCAUUCCACCCGGAGCUCUCUCGCUCUGUCAUGCCAUCUAUGACAAAUUGCGCACUUCCACUCCCUACCAGCGUGCACUUCCCUCCUUCAUCUUGACGAGAUGGCUCUUCUCUUCCUUUACCAGCCAUCUCGUCAACCUCCCCGAGGCCUACACGUUGAUGACUGACCACUACAUGUCGGAUGUCUCCCGACAACGCAUCCUUCGCGAGAUUGCCGUCCGAGCACAAAAGGCCGUCUUUGAUGUCGCCUACGAUUGGAAACAUGGCAACGUGCUCGUGCCCGAGACGGUCCAGCGCGUCAAUGCCAUCAUGACACGCCUCACCGGACCCGCUGCUGCUGCUGCUGCUGCUGCUGCUUCUCCUGUGGACUGUAGUACGGGCACGAUCCUACCUUCCACUCCAUUUCUGGUGGUCUCGUUGAAGGAUGUCACCACCAUUCUCGCCGCCCUGUAUCCGCACAGACGUCCGUCUUCGAUAUCUUCGGAUUCCGAUGCCUUCAAAUCCGGCCUGCAAUCGUCGGCUUCGUCUGUGUCCGGAUUCUCUCUGUUUAGCAAUGCGUCCAAGUCACCGGAUCAGUGGGCGAACGAUCUGCCUGGGUCCUCGCCAUAUCACCGCGAGCUCUUCCAUGGCUGUGGCGGCGAAGGUAUGGUACCAGACUCCAGCAGAGAGGACGGCAUGCACGAUGGUCAUAUUCUCGACGCAUAUCGCGACCUGGAAGAUAUUUCCACGCGCACCAGUAGCACCACGGAGCUCUGGGGUGUCGUUGCUGUAGAAUCUGAGCACAAAUCACUAUGUACCAUGCGCCAACGAUAUUCUCAUCUCCGACACAUUCGGCGCUGCCACUCUUCCCCCAACAGCCCACGCGAGAGAAUGGACGAGGCCCAUCUUGCGGUGGCACAGUCCCUCGAGGCCGUGCUUCGCAGAUACGGACCACCUCCAUCAUGGCAACACCUGGGCCAGGACUCCACGGCUCCCCCAUCAGCCUGGUGUCAGUUGCAACGUUUGUUCGGAAGCGCGAUCCACGACUGUCAGGCACGCUCGGAUUUUGUGAGUGCACAGCGCUGGUUCCAGCAAAUGCAAGACGCCCACGCCGCGAUUCUGCCUCCCCAAGGAACGGCUGCACUGGCACGCAUUCUCCGCGUGCUCCAGGCCGAUGCACGCCUCUCCGUGGACGAGGUCGCCGCACUGGAGUCGCUGAGUCUGCAGUGGUCUGCAGCGUUGCAACCCCGCUCUGCUCUGCACCUGGCAUCUCUGAAGACAAUCUCAAAGGAAAAUGAAGCGCUUCGAGACAAGAUGUGGUACAUAUCCGAUGUUCGCACUUCUGCAGUCUACGAGGAAGUGCGAUUGGUGGCGAGUGCCCUGCGUAUCAUGGGAAAGUCUGCCCGAGCAGUACCGAAGCAGAGAAGUCCUCCGCCACUGAGACACUGGAACUCGACCCGAGUGUCCCAUGCCAGCCUUCACCUCAAAUCCGAAGCACAGAUAUUGGAGCUGCUGAGCGCCAGAUUGGACCACGGCGGUCCCAAUAAGCUCAGCGACGAACAGUCCAAGGCCACGAUGCAGUGGAUGCAGCGCGAGAAUAUUGACAAUCUCUGUAAAGGCGAGGAGCGUCUGCACCGGCUGUACCUGGAAGUACGAAAGUGUGUCGACGUAGUGAGUAGCAGCUCGCAUGUCGAGAACGCGAUGCUCUGGUCGAACGUGCUGUUCGCUGCAGACCACUCCUUUCGGACGACGAGAGAUGUCGGUCCUCGCAAAGCCGCCUUUCUGCCGGGUCUCUAUGGAAGUUCACUCCAGUCGGACUACCUAUCGUUGAGUUCUCAGCUGCGCAGCAACGAUAGCCUCUCGACGACCUCCCAUACACUUUCAAACUCCAGCUCGAGGGACUACCUGGAUGCGCGUAGUCCGACUCUGACUAAUCGAUCGUCCGCGCCUUUCUGGUCGCCGGCCAUGUCCGAGGUGGACUCGCCUUCCAGUGCCACGAGCGUCAUCUCUUCUCACACGCAGUCCGCUCUUGACAUGACACCGCUCAAAGACGUGACCAACCGCCUCUCUGCAGACUCACGGGCUCUCGAACGACUGCGUCAGCGUGUGACGAGUCUGAUCCUCAGUGAUCUGACUUCGACUCUCUUCAGCGAUGGUAGUGAGACUGAUCAAGCGUUCUGGACGGGCCUGGGCUUGGAGCUCGCUGAACGACACUUGCGCAGUGUGCACUCGUGGCAGUCCAGCGCAGGUUCGCACACUCCUACCGUCACUACUGACAUGCCUGCGAGGCCCUCCUUCAUGAUGCGAUUCGAUUUUGAUCACGCUUUUGAGCGCUUGAUGCAGAAGUUUACCGCUCACAGCAACCCCACCACCAAACUGGCAUGUCUGUAUGAUAUUGACCGUCUGGUGGUACCCUACAUGGCGGAGCAGCAGCAGCAGCAACGCUGGGCCUCGCCAUCCACAUCAUCGAUGCGCACCGCCCGAGACGCGAAUCGUUUGACCCUCAACACCACUGGCACCGAUGAUGCGACGGGAGUGAGCAUUGCUGGCUUUCGCAGCCUCUUUGCUCGAAGCUCCCUGCGACCUCGCACGAUCUUUCGAGACCUGCAGUGCAUCGCCUCGCUAUUACCUGCGUCCGUGCUGUGUGAUACCCCUCAGGGCAAAGCAUUCACGCAUGCAGCACUCGCGCUCACCAGUCUCAAGGCUGAAGUCCGAGAGAUCAUGGUCGAGACUGCAGAUAGCAUCAUUGCAUACCACUCGAACAAUCGUGGUCAUGGACGAAGUCCCUCUACUGCGCAGCAGGAGCGAGACUCGGCCAUCUUCCCGGCACCGAGUCCACCUGCCGCAGACAUCUCUCGCUAUAGCAUGGCUGAUGCUGCACAUCUGUUGCAGAUCACGGCCAAGGAAGGCGACAUUGUCGCCCAACGGGAGCUUGCGACGUUGUACCUGACCCAUCCCGAGCUGUUGGAUCGAGUGAUUGCGCCCUUUGCCCGACCCAAGGACGUGUUCAAGGACGAAAUGGAAGGCAAGUGGAAGAAGAAUCAAGAUCCGCACCGCAUGGACCCGGCGACCAUGUGUGUAGCCCAUCACUGGAUGAGCUUGAGCAGCAAAGGCGGCGAUUUGCUGGCAAAGGAAUAUCUGCGACAACGAGAAGAGAUGGAUAGCUUUUGA